UUUCACUUGCAGCCAUUAUCACCAACAGAAGCUGCAGUUAGGGCUAAAGAAUCAGCUAAAAAUAUCCUUAACAUUAAGACACUAAUCGACAAAAAAAAUUUUGGCCUUACGAAGAGAAAUAGAGUCUCAAAAAACUCACCGGCAAGCUCUUCCAAACUAUCGCCAACAUUGUUGUUUCUUAUGUGGAAGCUGGACUAUGCGGAAAUGUCAAAGAGCAACUCAUAUGUUGAGAAAUAUUACUCAGAGACAGAGUCACAUAGA